UUUGCCGGCGAUUAUUCAUCGUGUCCCGCGCUGGUUGCCGGUUGAUAUCGUAUGCACAUUGCAAGUCUGGUAGCAUCCUAGUAAGGGAUUCAACAAGUGGAUCCAUGAUUUAGGAUCUAUGAAAACAAACGAGCGUAAUCGCAGCUGCGCAAUGGAUCACAUUAUAUAAGAUCAGUGCAAUGGAGCGUUGGUUGCACUAUAGAGUUCAGUGAUUGGUUGGUUGCCGCCAUCGCUGCGCAUCAUGCAUGCACUUGUUGCAUUUUCAAACAAAGAAGCAGCAGCGCUCUUCCCUCAUCUCAUCAUCCCCUUCCCCGCACUUCACAAGUUUGGCGCGUUUACAAAAUGGCGAUUGUAGCGGUGUAGCUCAGAGGUGGUCCAACUCGUUUUUCAUGUAUUAGUUUUGGUUUUUUAAGAUUUUAAAUUAUUUUGACGCGUGCUAAGCGGAGGCACGCGUAAAGUAACCUAAACCAGUGACCGCAAUGUCGAACGAACACACAUUUGGAGUGCUCAGCAGCUCUCAGGAGAGCAAUUUAAUGAGUGAAGGAACAUAUUCUUCACUGGUUUCUGAACUUCUUAAUAAUCCUGUUGGAUUGGUUGAUUCCUUUGCUGAUUGUGAAGAAAAAUGUGACAUUACUCGUCACGAGCAAGAAUUACUGCAAGCGCAGUCCUUACCACACCAUAUUCUGCCAGCUGAAAUGCCAACAAGCGACGAGUUUGCUGGAUUAUAUAACUUCCAACUGGAUCCAGUUCAAAAUGGUGAUCAAAAGACUUAUGUUUACUCUCAGAAGCUGAAAAAGGUCUUUACCGAGAUGGAUAAGACGCUUCCCAUCUACAUCAAGUGGUUCCCUGCUAUACCUGGAUUAUUCGUUCGAGCCGUUAUGUCGUUUUGCUCAGCGACACACCGAUCUGAACCUGUGACUAGAUGCCACAACCAUAUUGCAGUUUCAAAUCAAAAUGUGCCUCAUCUGCGCCACGUUCUGAGCUGCAAGCACACAAACGCCACUUAUCAUGAAGUAAAUGGUCACUUCUCUGUACUUGUACCUCUUGGCACUCCUCAAACUGGGUCUGAUUACAUCCAAAUGGAUUUUGUAUGCCACUGCAAGAACAGUUGCAGUCCUGGAAUUAAUCGACGGCCAACAGAAGUGAUUUUCACCUUAGAAAAUUCAAUUGGGGAGGUUUUAGGGCGCCGUAAGCUUCAGAUAAGAAUUUGUAGCUGCCCAAAGCGUGAUAGGGAAAAGGAAGAAAGGCCCUUAAAGGAACUUGCGCAUUCUCGAAAGAGAAAACUUGCCAUAGGGAAGAAAUUCAUGCCAAAUAAAAAGCUCUGUGAUGACCCCAACGUUUUUACCUUUAAUGUAAAAAUCUAUGGACGCGAUAACUAUUCAAAACUCCGGGAAUGUGCGUUUGAUGCUAUGGCUGGAUCAAUUGCGCGUGGAGAACCUCGCCAUAUCAUCGAGCCUCUUAUGGAAGAGAUUGUGCGCAUGCCAAUGUAAUAAGAAAGUUACAAUCUUCAUCAUUUAUAAAAUAUAGGCUAAUCGGGGUUGCCCAACUUAAUUUUUAUAGCUCAUCGUACCAAACAAAAAGCAGAAUGCAAUGGAAGAGAUAUUGUUUGUAGAUUCAUUCUCGUCGAAUUAGUUUGAAGCGCCAAGUUGCAGUUGAUAUUGAAUUCUAACUGCACAUUAAGUGCAAUUUACUAUUGGGCAUUGACGAUAAUUGACAUUAUAAGAAGUGCGCUCAUAAUCGCAUAAUAAUAAUAAUAAUUUCUUAAGUUGUUUUGGCAACGAUGCUCAGAAUUGAUUUGUUCUAUUGUAAAUCUUUUGAAAUAUUUUCGAUAUCGUUUUCAUAGGAAGUCAUCUUCACGUGAAAACAUCAUUUUUAUUCCAUUUGACGAAAUUGUCUCACAAAUGUGCAUUGAAAAAUUUUUACUCUUAUUGUUAGCAUUCUUUGCAUCCCAGUUAUAUCUUUGUUACUUGUCGUAAUUAUUCGUUUAGUUAUAAUUAUUCACGUAAGUCUAAUUUUGUUCGUUUAGCAAUAACAAUAGCUUUGACAUUAGGUCAACUCUACGGAAUAAUCGUUCCCACUGGUAUGGGAAAGAGAAUGCAACUUGACCAAAAUUUUGCAUUCCAUAGAACCCAGUGAUAUCCAACAAGACUUAUUGCGUUGGAUAAAACUCGUAUCUUGAUUAAUCAUAACCGAUUUUCUUUGGCUUAUGAAUAAUAGAGAUAGCGCUUGAACCUGCGGAACGUUAAAAUUACUGCCAUAUUAAAAGCACGAUAUUCUUGUAUUUUCUACAUUAUGUAUCUUUAUUUUAUAUUCUCUCUUUUCACAUGAAAUGUUACAAUGUGAUAACGUUAUGUAACAUGUUGAAUUAAUAAAUACCUAGAUAUUGGUACCUUUUAA